CGGAGGCGGCGCCUCGCUCCGACACGCAUCCGCCAAGAUGGCGGCGCCCGCGAGCCGGCGGGGGAGCUGAGGGAGGGCGCGCGCAGAUACCAUAACCUUAAGAAUGCAGUCGGCUUAUCAAAGAGUUGGCCCUUGUUCCUCAUGUUUGAAGAAACAACUAAAUGGCUUCCUGGGAAUAAUUAAGUGGCAGAGAAGACUGGUUCCUGCUUGUGUGAGAACUAUUUACAGUGAGACGGGGAAAUGGGAAAAAAGCUAUGGGUUGGAGACAAGAAAACGAGUUGAAAAUUGGUGGUUCCCAAGAAUAAAGGAUCAAUUCUGCAGAAUUUCAGAAACUGAUAAAUCAAGACCAAAAUUUUAUGUGCUUUCUAUGUUCCCAUAUCCUUCUGGGAAGCUUCACAUGGGCCAUGUUCGUGUUUACACCAUCAGUGAUGCAGUAGCUCGGUUCCAGAAAAUGAGAGGGAUGCAGGUGAUAAAUCCAAUGGGAUGGGACGCGUUUGGUUUACCAGCAGAAAAUGCUGCAGUUGAACAUGGCCUUCACCCUGCAAACUGGACACAAAGUAAUAUUCAACACAUGAGGAAACAGUUUGAUGCAUUAGGUCUGUCUUUUACAUGGGAAAGGGAGGUAACCACGUGCUUACCAGAAUACUACAAAUGGACACAAUAUCUCUUUCUUAAGCUUUUUGAAGCUGGGAUAGUGUAUCAAAAAGAGGCCUUGGUUAACUGGGAUCCAGUGGAUCAGACUGUUCUAGCUAAUGAACAGGUGGAUGACAAUGGUUGCUCAUGGCGUUCAGGAGCAAAAGUGGAGCAGAAAUACCUCAAACAGUGGUUUAUCAAGACAACUGCUUAUGCAAAGGCCAUGUUUGAUGCUUUAUCUGAUCUCCCUGAAUGGUAUGGUAUUAAAGAAAUGCAAGCAAAUUGGAUAGGUGACUGCGUUGGGUGCUCUCUUGACUUCUUGCUAAAGGUUAAUGGCAAAGUAACAGAAGAUAAGGUAGCAGCUUACACCUAUACACCUGAAGCCAUUUAUGGAGCUUCCCAUUUAUAUAUCUUACCAACUCACAGAUUGCUGCAUGGGAAUAGCAGUCUCAAGGAAGUCUUUCAGAGAGAGUUCAUCCCAGGAAAAGAUUCCCUUACUUCAGUAACAGCUGUGAAUUUGCUUACCAAUCAGGAGAUUCCUGUGGUCAUCUCAGCAAAAACCAAUUUUGAUAAUUUUCUUGAUGCUAAAAUAGGAAUUCCUAGUACUAGUGCAGAAGAUGCUGCAGUAGCUAAGAAUCUGGGCAUUUCUUUCACUGAAGUCAUUGAGACAUUGCCAAAUGGUUUGGAGAAGGUCAUUAAUUCUGCAGAGAUCACCGGCAUGACUCGGCAGGAGGCUUUAAAAGCUAUUACUCAGCAGGCCAAAAAUAAAAGAGUUGGUGGAGACCUAACAAGUGACAAGUUGAGAGAUUGGUUAAUAUCUCGACAGCGGUACUGGGGAACGCCAAUUCCAAUCAUUCACUGCCAGGCAUGCGGCACUGUUCCUGUGCCUUACGAAGACUUACCUGUGGUGUUGCCCAAUGUGACCACGUUCACAGGAAAGGGAGCCUCACCUUUGGAAAGUGCCCCAGAAUGGGUGAACUGUUCCUGUCCAAGGUGCAAGGCAGCAGCACAGCGAGAAGUCGAUACCAUGGAUACAUUUGUUGAUUCUGCUUGGUACUACCUGAGGUACACUGACCCUCACAACACAGACAGGCCCUUUAAUAGUGACUUAGCAGACUACUGGAUGCCUGUGGAUUUGUACAUCGGAGGCAAGGAGCAUGCAGUUAUGCACUUAUUCUAUGCAAGGUUCUUCAGCCAUUUUUGCCAUGAUCUAAAGAUGACAAAACACAAGGAGCCUUUCCAUAAGCUCUUGGUUCAAGGUCUUAUCAAGAAUCAGACAUUCAGACUACCAACAACAGGCCAGUGUUUGAAGAGAGAGGAAGUUGAUCUCACUGGAAAUGAACCGGUUCACCUAAAAACUGGUGAGAAGCUCCAAGUUGCUUGGGAAAAAAUGAGCAAAUCUAAGCACAAUGGAAUAGACCCUGAGGAAAUAGUGAAAGAGUAUGGCAUUGACACCCUGCGUCUUUACAUUCUGUUUGCUGCUCCUCCGGAACAAGACAUUCUGUGGGAUGCUAAAACUGAUGCCAUGCCCGGCGUUCAGAGAUGGCAGAUGCGCCUCUGGGCACUUGCAACCAAACUUAUUGAAGCAAGGACUUCAGGAACCAUGCCAAAUCCUGAACUUCUGAAUAAAAAAGAGAAGGCUGAAGCCAGAAGGAUCUGGGAGCGGAAGAAUCUGGUGAUUUCUGAGGUAACCGAGUACUUCACAAAGGAUCAUUUGUUCAAUGCUGCUAUUUCCCGAUUAAUGAGCCUCACAAAUGUACUCCAUCAAGCUCCUUGGCCUCUUGUUCUCCACAGCACAGAAUUUGAAGAUGCUUUGGCUUCACUCUGCAUUAUGGUUGCACCUAUGGCUCCACACAUUGCAUCAGAAAUGUGGAAAGGUGGAUUUCUUGAAACUAGGCAGAGAAAGGGAGAUAGAAGAAAAAUUCAAGAUAGGACUUUCAUGAGGAAUUCGUAUGUCAGCUGCUAACUGCUCCUGAAUAUGGAUGACAUUAAGAGCUGAACACCAGGACAGAAAUAGCCCUUUUUAGAAUAACUACGUCAGAGCCGUUGGACUACAAAUAUUUUCUUUCAGGGAUUCAAGCAAAACAAACCAUAUCAGAGGGCUGGAUACUAAAAAGACUAAAGGAGUGUUCAAUAAAAAUCCUACUCUUUUAGGAUGCUCCAGAGACCAAGGGACACUAUGCUGUAAAUUAACCUGCCAUGGAGAAUGGGAAUGGUAGACAGGGUAUAUUUUCUAAGACCUGCUGCAGUUGUAUAGGUCUGAAUACCAAAUGGGCUAAGUUGCGUGGUGCUGAUACAGUUAAAGCCUGAGAAAUAAGAGCUGUGCAUGCCAGAGUUUAGCAACUGAUUUUAAGGUUUAUUGGGAAAAGUGCCAAGAUGCAUGUGUGAAGGUAGGAAUAUAUUCUACAUUGUGGCUGGCCACAAACUGCUGUAUGGUUUUGGACCUAAUGUCAGCUUUUGGAUGCUGUUUUAAUGGUUUUAUUUUCAAUGGUCAUCUCAAAAAACAUCAAGUGUUUGUAGAGCAGUACUACUAAACUGAUGAUAUUUCAGUGUUGGGCAUGGCUCUGUAAUGUUAAUUGCCAAGGAAAGACCACUCUUGCUCAAAGCAGUAAUGAAGCAGAGCCUAUGGAAACAAGAUAUGGUAGGGAGAGUGGGUUGGGUUUUUUUGCAUGUGUUUUCAUUUGCAGUGAUUUUGAAAUGUCUUAACUGUCUAGAAUGAAGAGUGGCAUCAGACAUCAUCCAUCUGGUCUUAUACUAUGAUGUGCCAUCUAAUUAAAAUAAUACUAAAUAAAAGUAGUUAGCAUGACACAUUGGUUGAGAUGGAGGCCGAAGAGACCCAGGAUAAUUACUCAUACAUACAGUACCUUCUGAACUUGGAAUUCUAAUACAUGUUAGGAAAUACAGAAUUAUCAGGUAUGGUUGAUAAAAUGACAAAGAGUGCUAGAGUGUCUUAAUUAACAACUUGUCAAGCAUGAAGCUUAAUCCUGUAGCAUUUUGAAUGUUAGAUAAAGAAGUCUUUUCUUGCUAAUAAAAUCACUGGAGAAUGAAAAUUAUAAUCUCUCUCUGAUGUAAGAAUUAAAAGGAAUCAUAUAAAAUUUGGAAGUGUAUUGUCCUUAGCCUCUCUCUGCAUUUAAAGAUAAAAUUUUACUUGGGUGGUGCAAAGACAUCUGUAGUGUAAUUCAGUGUUGAUUAUUGCCUGAAGAAUUUUAUUACAAAGUUUGAAAAUGAUAGUAUCUUUUAGCAUGGUAAUCAUUGCAUUAUACUCAAGUUAUUAAACAAUUUUAUCAGGAGAAUGUGUGUACAUUUAACUGCUUCAUUGUGGUAAGAAUACUGUAUUAUUUUUAAAUAGGCAACAUCUAUCAGUUACAUCCUGGGAUUGAGAUUUCAUAUUAAAGAUUCCCCAAAUUUUGAAUUGCACUCUGGUUCCACCAAAUCCUGUUGCUCUUCUGAUGUAACCAAUUUCUCAAACUUUGUUGUGUAUAAGUGAUGAUGCUCUAGUAUUUAAAUAAUUUCAAUAUGAAAAUUAAGGUUUCUAAAUACCCUUGUUUUGUCUGUGCUUUAUCUCCGUACUCAGAGAGAAUAAGUCUCUCCUUUUGUACCUUGGCUUUGCAUCUAAAUGUCAGGAUAAUGCUGCUUCCUCUUUUGUAAAUUGGUCAGGAAAAGAGUUUGUAUAUUGUUAGUUCUAUAAAUUGCUCCUAUAGCAGUGGACUCCACUCUUUGUUGGAAGCUGCUUGAAUGCUCAACAAUAGCAACCCACGAUACUUUGUGUGUGAAGAAGUUCUUCUCCUGCCUUAGAAGACAGUUUUUGGUAUUUUAGUGUGUCAGCUUGAUGAUGUUAAUUGUGCAGUGAAUGCACUGGUUUAUCACUGAAUAACAUAAAAAGCAGCCGUAGCCUGUGAGUGUGGGAAGAGUUCAUCCGGCUGAUAUCUUGGCAGUUUAUGAACACUAACAGGAUGAGGAAAUCAGUUUCCUUCCUGAAACCUUGUAUCUAAGGAAUAUACAGACACCAUUUGAGACUUUUGGUUUUAGUUUGUUUGUAGUAGUACAGUAUUUUGUUGUUCAGACAAGGAUAUGAAACUGCUUAUUGUGAGUUGCUAAAUUUUUAUUAGAGAUGGCACAUGAAAGAUAUGUACGCCUUUGGUAAACACAUCUUAGGAAAUACUGAAAUUAAACAUAACUUUCUGCAUUUUUAAAGAUAUCAUUGUCUUAGAAAUAUUUUAACAGUCAUUACAAUAGCUCUGUUGCAAUAACUUAUCUGUAUUCAGCCCUUACUCAAGAAGACUUCUGGAAAGAAUGGAGUUAAGUAAAAGCUAAUUGAUGUUGCAAGUUUUAAUUGAAAAUCUGAAUGUAGAAAUCCCCCUUCUCAAAUCCAGUAAGAAACAUGUUUUGGAGUUUACAGUAAUUUCACGACCAUAAAGCACACCGGACUAUAAGGCGUGCCUC